AUGGGAUGUGUAGCUGGUAAACCUGCGAAUAACGGUCGACACGCCAGCGGUAGUACGAUCGACUCGAGCCACUGCAAGCGGCGGUCUGGCCGGCGUUCCCCUUUCCGGUCGGCCGGCAAGCAGCAACGAUGGAGUGCCAGCGGCAGCGAUCGAAAAGUGGCCGUCGACCGCGACCCUGCCGAGGCACUGGUCGUGAACUUGACCCCGGACGCGUCACCGCAGCUAGCGUCGCCGCCCGCAGCGACGAACAGUUCGAAGUUAAAACAAGGCUUGCAGACGGCUAACGGUAAGUUCUGGUGA